UGCAUUGGCACGCUUAACUCUAUAAUGAACACAGACAUAAGCUUUGUUUUAUAAGAAUAAUAACUAUAGUUAAUUUAUCCUUUAUCUGCAGGAAGAAAAGAAAAAAGACACUUGAAUUUUACAAUUACUUACUUGAUUCGGUGGAAAACUUAAGCCAAGUAUGGAGCUACCCAAUCUUUGUGCAUCAUAUUGGAAGUCCACAUCUGCGCCGAAGCAAAAGCUACACUUUUUACCGGAAGGAGGGGACUGAAAGAGCUUGUGUACCAGUUUAUAGCAACGGGAAGAAAGUAGAAACCAGCGAUGAACUCGGAACUCCGGUUGGAAUGGCUUCGUCGGCAACAAAAAUCGAAGCUUUUCUCCAAGUUAAAAAUCUCAGUUCUCGGUUUUGUCUGGGCAAUUGGGAGAAAUUGAAGUUUGAGAAGUAGAAUAGUCAAAAAGAUUCAAACCUCCGUGCUCCUCGGAGCCCCUGUACUCGCAUGUCAUUUGCCAUUAAAGUGAGCACACUGUUCUGAACAUAUCUCCAAACAUAAGGGACCAUUUUGUCCAUCUUCUCUCUUCCCUCCUGCUCUCAGACAUCCCUCUCUCCUCUCCUCUCCCCCCGGCCCCCAAAUGCAUCCCCCUCUUCAAUUUGAACUUGGAGACACGAUCGGUGCUACUCCACCAUCCAUUUUCAUCUCUAAUUUCGUCUUAAAAAAAUUGAAAGAUUAGAAAUUUGGGAAUUAUGAGGGAAAAAUUGAGGCUCUUGAAAAUAUGUUCAAGUGGCAGGAGUAGUUUUUUCAGCUUUAGAUGGGCCCCGGACUAUAAGUUGAUGACAGUUCAAAGUUAGAAGAAAGUGGAUUCUCUGGCACAACUAGUAAUACUCGUGCCUCACACAAUGUGAGCCAUUCCUCUCCUUCUUUAUUUUGAAUUCAUCUGCAAAAGAAUGAUGAAUAGAACGUAUAGAAAUGUAGUUAACUGGCUUAGCCCAAUCUCUCAGUCUCCUCCCCUAAGACCAGCCAUUGAGACACUCUGCAAUGCCAGAAAGCUUACGGAAGCUCUAUUACUUGCUUUUCACAACCCCAUUGAAGCAGACUAUACUAUUUACUCAAAAAUUAUUCAGCUUUGCAUUGACCUAAAGGCUCAUAAACAGGGCCGUUUGGUUCACUCACAUCUUAUAACUACUGGAUUUCCUUCAAAUGUUCAUUUGGGAACCAAGUUGAUCAUUUUCUAUACAAUGUCCAAUGACAUGGUGUAUGCCUGCAAUAUGUUUGAUAAGUUGCCUGAAAGGAAUGUGGUUUCGUGGACUGCGCUUUUAUCUGGGCACUCCCAGAAUGGGUAUUCACAAGAAGCCCUUUAUGUGUUUGUUGCGAUGCGUAGGGAAGGGGUGAGGGCAAAUCAAUUUACUUAUGGAAGUGUUUUAAGGGCGUGCACUAGUGUGUCAUGUUUGAAUUUAGGAAAGCAAAUACAAGGGUGCAUUCAGAAGAGCAGGUUUUUGGAUAAUUUGUGCGUGCAGAGUGCGUUGGUUGAUUUUCAUUCUAAGUGUGGGGAAAUGGAGAAUGCUUUUUGUGUUUUCGAGUCAAUGGCAGAGAGGGACUUGGUUUCUUGGAAUGUCAUGAUUUCUGGAUAUGCUUUUCGUGGUUUUAGCGUUGAUGCAUUUCUGUUGUUCCGUUGGAUGCUCAGACAAGGUAUACUCCCCGAUUGCUUCACGUUUGGAAGCAUUCUCAAAGCAUCUAUAGGAGGUGGCAAGGGUAGUGGGCUAGCGAAAGUCAGUACGAUACAUGGAUGUAUCAUUCGACUUGGUUAUGGGUCGUACAGUAUUAUAAGUGGAGCAUUAGUUGAUGCCUAUGUAAAAUGUGGAAACCUGGCCAAUGCAAAUUAUCUAUACAAGAAGAUGCAGAACAAAGAUAGGAUUUCAUGCACUGCGUUAAUUACUGGCUAUGCACGUGAAGGUAAAAAUAGCAGUGGGUGCCUUGAACUUUUUUGUCAAUUACGUCGGAUGCAUAGGGAAAUUGAUAGCAUUUUGUUAUGCUCUAUGAUCAACAUAUGUGCCAAUACAGCAUCCUUGUCUUUGGGAAGACAGCUACAUGCUAUUGCGAUUAAAUACCAGAGCACUCUUGAUGUGGCCAUGAGUAAUGCUUUGGUUGAUAUGUAUGCAAAAACAGGGGAAAUUGAUGAUGCCAACAAUGUUUUUCAUCACAUGACAGAGAAAAAUAUAAUAUCAUGGACGUCAAUGAUCUCUGCUAAUGGUGCACAUGGUCGAGGAGUUGAUGCAGUUUCAUAUUUUAAGAAGAUGGAAUGUGAAGGUUUUGAGCCAAAUGAUAUAACAUUCUUGUCUCUCCUGUUUGCUUGUAGUCAUAAUGGGUUGACUGCUGAAGGAUGGGAAUGUUUCAGUAAGAUGGUCAAAAAAUAUAAAAUUAUUCCAAGAGAUGAGCAUUACUCUUGCCUUGUGGACCUUUUUGCACGCAGUGGCUGUUUAAAUGAAUCCUACGAUUUGAUUUGCAGAAUGAAUAUAAAGCCUAGUGCCUCUCUUUGGGGUUCAGUUCUUGGGGCAUGUAGGGUAUAUGGCAAUAUGUACCUUGGAGAGGUAGCAGCCAGGCAUUUAUGCAAUUUUGAACCUAUGAAAGCUGUUAGCUAUGUGGUUCUAGCAAGUAUGUAUUCUGCAGCUGGCUUAUGGGAUAGUGCUCGGGAUGCUCGAGAUGUAGUUCAAACUAGAAGGUUAACAAAAGAUCCUGGUUACAGCCUUUUUCAAUCCGAUAAUGAUAUGUUAGCACUUCCUCCUACUGGCUGAUAUGUGAAAUGAUCCAGAUCUGUCUUAUAAUGUUUCAUGCUACCCGGAUUUUUCAAAAGUGAGUUUUGAUAGUCGUAGUUUCAGUAAGAAGUGAUGAUGCAAUGAAGCUUUAUGGAUCUCACUAGGUGUAAAGCUUCUCUGAUUAUUACUGGACCUGUUUAACUGAUUCCCCGCACAUAGUCAGCAUUUGAUCUAAGUCCUUAUUCAAGCUUCAUGCCAAUUAAAGGGGGAGAUUUCUGGUGGAAAGACAUUUCCUGAGAGACAGCUAUGAACACAACAUGAUGAGGUAUUCACGUAUAUUUGUGACAUUGACGGGAGAACAUGAACCUCUUCAGCUCUUUAGGGUAUGGAGUAAAUGGUCGUGGAAGGCAAACUACUUGCUGGUUGUGUGCGGUAUGAGUGGUACCAUCCACGUAAAGCUUCGUGAAAAUGGAAGUGGAUAGAAAUGAUCCUUUUGUACCUCUCUCUCAUCUACAACGGGUGAGUAGAAAUGAUCCUUUUCGUUCCAUGUAGACAAAGACUAACUACUUAUAAUGAACUUUUGUUAUAAGUGAUAAGAAUAAUACUAGUGAUUUGAAACCCUGGAAUAUUUGUCCUAACUUUGGAAAGAAAGCCUAGAAACUAUGUGGCUGUACCUAUCUGCUCCAAUAGCUUCUUCUUAAAGUAA